AUUCAAUGAUGUCACAGGCACUAUCGGGACCUUAUAGGCUUUGCUAGAUAAAGAGCUGGUAGUGCUGCCCCUGGAGGAGCCUGCAGAGUGCCGAGAGACAGUGCGCUGGGUUGCCAGACAAGAAGCCAGCGGUCAUCACCAUGGACACGAGCCUGGACCAGCCUCCUGCCUCUGGGAAUCACUGGCUCUCCUUCUUGGUGUACCUCUUGGCCUUCCUGGUGGGGCUGCCCCUCAACCUGCUGGCCCUGGUGACCUUCGUGGGCAGACUGCAGCGCCGCCCGGUGGCUGUGGACGUGCUCCUGCUCAACCUCACCCUCUCCGACCUGCUGAUGCUGCUCUUCCUGCCCUUCCGCAUGGUGGAGGCGGCCAACAGCAUGCGCUGGCCCCUGCCCUUUGCUUUCUGCCCCCUCUCUGGCUUCCUCUUCUUCACCACUGUCUACCUCACCUCCCUGUCACUUGCGGCCGUGAGCAUCGAGCGAUUUCUGAGCGUGGCUUACCCGCUGUGGUACAAGACGCGGCCCAGGCCGGGGCAGGCGGGGCUGGUCUGUGUGGCCUGCUGGAUCCUGGCCGGGGCACACUGCAGCUUGGUCUACUUCAUGGAAUAUUCCGGGGAUUCCUCCCGCAGCCAAGGCAGAAACGGCACCUGCUACCUAGAGUUCCGGAAGGACCAGCUGGCCAUUCUCCUGCCCGUCCGGCUCGAGAUGGCAGUGGUCCUUUUUGGGGUGCCCCUGCUCAUCACCAGCUACUGCUACAGCCGUCUGCUGUGUCUGCUCAACCAGGGUGUCAGCCGCCACAGGCAGAGGAGGGUGGCAGGGUUGGUGGCUGCCACACUGCUCAACUUUCUCAUCUGCUUUGGGCCACUAGCCAUGUCCCAUGUUGUGGGCUACGUCCAGGGCAGGAGCGUGGGCUGGAGAAGCUACGCGAUGCUCCUCAGCACCCUCAACACCUGCGUCGACCCUCUCGUCUACUACUUCUCCUCCUCUGGCUUCCAGACUGAUGUCCGUGAACAGCUGAGGAGGCUGGUGGGGGGGUGGGGCUUUUGGAAUCAGAAGGACAGUGUGACACUAAAGGAGAAGACAGACGAAGAGGUGAGGACACAAGAGCUGUCCAACUAGGGUAGUGAGAGGCCUGGGUAACUCUUUCCUCAAGACUCAAGACUGACAUGACCAUGGAGUGGCUGGGGCAGAGAUCAGCCUGGGACUGAUCAGUCUAUCAAAGUGCCACCCAAGUCCCGAAUUUUUGUUUUUGUUUUUAACUGGGACCUCACACAUGUGCCAUUUCAUGACUCCAGGUCAUUUUUUCUAGAAAGAGAGAGCAAGAGACAGAGGGAGGGAGAGACACCAUGGUACUAAAGCAUCCUCUGUUGCCAUAGCAACUCCUCCCAUAUAGUAGGGGGGCAGAGCACCUGGGGCACAUGCAUGGCAAUACAGGCACCCUACCUAGUGAGCUGUCUGGUCAGCAUCAAUGCCCCACUCUUGAUCCCACCACAUUGCCCUUCCACUCUCAGGAUGGCUUCCACCUGGAAUAUAGUCAAAGUGAGAGAGGAAUUUGGGGCAAAUCAGCCUCACAGCAGCACCACUCUUGGACUUUUCUGAGGGUGAGAAUUGAAAGAACCUCAUUCAGGGCCUGAGGGCACAGCCUGGUGACCUGGGACCAGACAGAGGGAGAGCUGUCCCCUGAGAGAACUGGCCCCAUAGGUCAGGGGCUGGGCAGACACAAGACUUCAGGUGUGAGCGAGCAGCUUGCUUUUGGGCAGACUUUAGUGGGAAAUUUUAAAUGCUCAACAAUGACGAUGUUCAGAUUAUCAGAAACAUUAAUGCAGAAUGACUGGAGAAUCACUUCAACAACUAAUAAACUG